UCUGCCCUCUAAAACCCAAAACCCCUAAUCACCCGUCGGCUCCAACCCCCUCUGCGCGCGCCUGCACCGAAAAUUUUCUCGGCUUCUUUUCUCGUCACUUUCCGGGAAAGGAAGAGAGAAAGAGAAAGAGAAAGAGAUGGUGAACCCGGAGGAAGCCGGCCUCCAAGUCCUGCGCCGCCUGAAAUCGACCGACCCUCCGACGUGGCUCGCCCCCAACCCCUCCCUCGCCCAGGACGCGCGGGCCGCCUCCCUCCACCUCUUCUCCUCCCUGCAGCCCUUCGCCCCCAAGUCGCCCUUCGACCGGCUCCUCGUCGACGGCUUCGACGCCGAGCAAAUCUGGCAGCAGAUCGACCUCCAGUCGCAGCCGCUGCUGUCGGGCCUGCGCCGCGAGCUGCGGCGGUUCGAGAAGAACCCGGCCGAAAUCUCGGAUCUUUUCGGGGGCGGCGAGGCCCCCGAGGGAAAAGGGAAGGGACGGGGCGGGGGUGUUGAUGAUUUGGGUGGUGAGGGCAUGGAGGUGGACGGGUUUGAUGAGUUUGAUGAGGAUGGGGAUAGCGAUGGAGAGGAGGAUGGAGAAGGAGGCGCGGAAGAGAGAGGGGUCGAGGGUGGGGAGAGUGGGGAGAGUGAGGAGGGGGAAGAGGAGAGGAAUGAUGUUGGGAUUGAGGAUAAGUUCUUGAAGAUUAAGGAAUUGGAGGAGUAUUUGCAGAAAGACGAGGCUAGGGAAUAUGGCUUGGAAGAUGGCUCCAAGAAGAAUAAGAAGGAGAAGAAGACGGUGGCAAGUGAUUCGGAUGAGGAAGAAGAGGAGGAUGAGGAGGAAGAAGAAGGUGAUGAUGAUGAUGAUGAUGAUGAUGAGCUUGGCGAAUUUGAUGUUGAUGAUGAGGAUGAUGGAGGCAUGGGUAAGCUGGGAAGCGCUAGAUAUGAAGACUUUUUUGGAGGUAAAAAGGAGAAAGUCGCUCCAAGGAAAUAUAGGUCAAGUGAUGGAUUAGAAUCUUCUACAGAUGAUGAAGGAGAAGAAAAUGGAGCAGAUGGAAACAAGGGAAAUCAUAAUCUUUCUACACAUGAGAAGGAACUCUUGGACCUUAAAGCUAAAAUUGAGCAGAUGGAGAAGUCCAAUUUGGAGCCAAAAACAUGGACAAUGCAAGGAGAGGUGACUGCUGCAAAGAGGCCUAAGAACAGUGCUCUUGAAGUGGAUUUAGAUUUUGAACACAACGCUAGGCCUGCACCUGUAAUCACUGAAGAGGUUACAGCUUCUCUUGAAGAGUUAAUCCGGAACAGGAUUCUUGAGGGGCAUUUUGAUGACGUGGAAAAGCCUCCUAGUCUACCAACGAAAGUACCAAGAGAAAUUAAAGAACUGGACGAGAACAAAAGCAAGAGAGGGCUCGCUGAAAUUUAUGAGGAAGAGUAUGCACAGAGAACAAAUUUGGCUUCUGCCCCAUUGUCUUUUUCUGAUGAGCUGAAAAAAGAGGCUAGUUUGCUAUUCAAGAAGGUGUGUUUGAAGUUGGAUGCUCUUUCUCACUUUCAUUUUGCACCUAAACCUAUAAUUGAAGACAUGUCCAUACAAGCAAAUGUCCCUGCUCUUGCCAUGGAAGAGAUUGCACCAUUGGCAGUCUCUGAUGCAGCCAUGUUGGCACCUGAGGAGGUAUUUGCUGGCAAAGGUGACAUAAAGGAUGAAACAGAGCUAACACAGGCAGAUAGGAAGAGGAGGAGAGCUAAGAAGAAAAGGAUAAAUAAAGCUGAGGCAACAAAGAGGAUGGCAAAGAAGGGUAGAGAGACGGCACUGAAUCGCAGUGAAGGCAAAGAGGAAUAGAUAUUGCGGAGGUUCUGUUUUCUGUCAAGGGUUUCCGGUUUCCUCUCAAACAAGGAUUGGGUAUAAUUGUCAUAUACUGAGUGUCAAAAGAAUGAGAGGGGAAGAAGAGAAUGGGCGGGCUCUUUUAGCGCCUCAUUGACCCAGCUCGAUGUCAAGGUCCACAAAGUCUUUGAUUAUUUUGGCCUGAAGUACAGAGAGACAUUGAAAAUAGAUGGAAGAUCUUGAGGGGAAAGCUAGAUAGUGUGAGUAUGUGAGCCACUUCACUUCAUGUUAGUUUUUUGAUUGAAAGGAGAAAAUUUUGAAGGAAUAUCUUAACUCGAGGAUUUUGAUACGUAAUCGACUAACUUAUUAACUUUGUUUGUAUGAGCUAUUAGAAUGCUUUAUCACUAUUUUAUGAGCAGCUGCUAUGGUGCUAUUGAAUAUCGAACUCAGUCUACUGAAUCAAACAUCAGCAUUUAUCUA